CUAAGACAAGAUAUAAAGAGGCUUUAUAUAUAGAAACAGGUCUUUUAUGAUAGAAGUUCAGCAGUUACAGAAAAAGCGAAGCCGGAAAGAGUUCAGACAGACGCAUCCACGGAGAUCACAGCAUCAUGAAACGCAGGAGACAUAUAAGACUCAGGUGAAUAUGGAGAAGUCUUCUCAGGAGAAUGCAGAGGAAGUAUCUACGAAUGCAUUAUCAUUAGAAUCGGCAAUGUUAAAAACACAAUAUCACCGACAACUUAUGUCAUGUAAAGAGUUAUUUCCGGACUGGACGGAGGAAGAUAUUCUCUAUGCAAUUCAGGAGGCAUCGGGUGAUUUUGAGGUAGCGGUAACACGGAUAUCAGAGGGACGUGCAAACAAGUGGGGAGAAGUUAAGAAGAAGACGAAGGAUAAAGGAAAGAAGCAAGAUGCAUUACAAUCAUCGACAUUAUUAACAGGGAGUGGAAAAAGCUCCCGUGAUAAGAUCCGUGAUCCUAAAAAUCAUAAAAAUAAGGAAAACAUUUCGAAACGUGGAGGGGGACGUUCUAAUGGUAUUUCAAAACGAAAUCAUCAAACAGUAUCGGAUUCUUCGCUUGUAACAUGGGAUACUGUUAAAAAUGUAGAGAGUCGUACAGUAUCUAUAGAUACUACUGGAACAGGAUCUAAUAUAAAAACAUCGUGGACUUCAUAUAAGCAACCAAAAGAUUCAUUAGGUCAAUGUCUAAAUCUAAAGAAAAAUAUAAACAAAAACAUUGAAUAUGGUGUAAAAGAAACAGAAAAUGCGAUAUGGGAAGACUUUAAUCCUAUUAACCAAGAUUCCAGAUCGAUAAGUGCCUGGAGCGAUGCAGCAACUAAAGCGUCAUCAGUAACAGCGGGAUGGGGUGAAUCAGGAUCAUUUUAUAUGUCUAAUGCAGAAUCCCAGAAUUCAUCAUCAUCAAAACCACGGACAAAAGUUAUUUCUCCAGGAACGAAUCCUUCAUGGGCAUCGUUGUUAAAACAAGAAUCAAUACCAGAUAUACAAGAACAACAAUUAUCUCCCAUUUCGAGGGCAUCAUUUAGAUCAGAUGAAAAUUUUAGUAAUACAUUUCCUGUUUCUAAAUUAACGGAAAAAAAAGAUCACGGAAUCAUAAAUGGAGUUAACCAUGUACCUAUUGUUUCUAAAACAUCCUUAACAACAUUGAAUCUAGAAUCGAUAAAUAAGGAGAAUAUAGACCAUGUUAUAUCUUUAAAAAAUCCUAAAAAUUCUAUAAAUAUUGCGAAUCAAACGUUAAAUAAUACAGCAAGAUUUCACGAAUUUAAUAAAUCACAUUCUUCUAAAAGCACUUAUCAUAGACAUUUAAGCCAAGAUACUCCUGUGGUGAUGCCAAAUUCAAAUAAUAUUUCUGAAAGGGUAGAAGUUCAAUUUGGAAGUUUAAAUCUUGCGGGUCAAGAAAAUGGCCUGUUUUUAAAUAGGGAAAAGUCAAAACCAGAAUUAAAUUCUGUAUCACAAGGUAUUUCUAUGAAUCUUCAUUCUCCAAUAGGUCCAGCCUUACAACAGUCUCAAUCUAUAGAGAAUUCCGAACCUACAGAUAUACAAAAAACUGAAAAAAUGUAUACAGAAUCAUCAAAUACAACUCAACCACACAUAUUGCCAAAUCGUACAGCAAUGUUCUCUUUAAAUUUAAAUAAAGUUAAUAAGCAAUUAUCUGAGCAAAAACAAGUUCAAUACCAACCAUUUGAUCAAAAUUCAUAUAAUAAUUACACGAAUCACCCUAUUCGGGACAACAUUCCUAAUUUUGGAAAUUUCUCACUUCCUAAUGAAUAUCAAAGAUUUUAUGGAUCAGAAGAUCCAAGGCCACAUUUCGCACAAGGCUAUUAUGACCCGUCAGCAUUUUCUCGUGGACAACCAUCAAAUACUUCUAUGCAUAGAGAUGCAUCUAAUAUAAAUAAUGAAUAUAUACAAACUUCUAGAUUCGAUCCAAAUGCAUUAGAGGGAUCAUCAAUUCCCUCUCAACAGAUGACUUCUGGCUCAAUUAUGCAUAAACACAUGCCAAUAGGUCCCAAUACUCUUUCUCAAUCUCAUUCCUCUACACAAGGUCAUUUUCAUCAAGCACAACCCUAUCCGAUCCAUCCUUACUACAAUCCUUAUACUGCUUAUUAUGUAAACCAGUAUGGUUAUGGAAACUAUCCCUAUACUAAACAAAAUAUUUACAAUCAUCUUCAACAAGACUAUUCUAGAUCUUAUAACGAAAAUUCAUUUACCAAUUCUGAUAAUGCUAAAAAGUUUAAUGAACAUCCUAGAGAUUUAUCCCAAUCAACAAAUCAAGGAAAACCUCAAGAUUAUGCUGCAUCUAAAUCACAAAAUUCUAAUACAAGUCAGCAACAACAAUGGCCUCAACAAAAAAAUAUUUCCAAUAAUUCACUUGAAUAUACUGGCAAAAAAUCAAACACAACCACUCAUCAAUCAAAUUAUAUCCAACAUAUGCAAAAAUUUCACCAGCAAAAUCCUGUUCGGCCUAUUUAUCCUGGUUCUUCUCAUACUUAUCCUCCUCAUUUUCAACAACCAUCACAUCCUCAACCUCCAUCAACUCAAUCUUCAUCAAUACAAACUCAACCUUCACCUUAUUCUAUGCAUCCACAUACCAUUGGAUUUCAUGGACCCUAUCAACCUUUGUUGAAUCCUCAAGAUCAUCCCAAUCUUAACUGGACUAAUUAUACCUCUCAUUAGAAAUGUAUGAUUUUCUUUUCAUACAUCAAUAAUACUUGGUUAUUCA